CUUUAUAAAUCACCGCUUGUCGGCGUCCGCCCUCCGCCGCUACACUCCAUUUCCCGAUGGACGGGGCCGACGGCGAGUGGGUGUGGGUGCGGCGGCCGGCGGAGGCGGAGGCCGUGGCGGCGGCGGCGGGGUGGCCGCCGGCGGAGGAGGCGCGGCCGCUGGAGGUGACGUUCGCGUCGCCGGCGAAGUACUUCACCGACGCGGCGCCCAUCGGGAACGGCAGCCUCGGCGCCCUGGUGUGGGGCGGCGUCGCAUCGGAGAAGCUCCAACUCAACCAUGACACUCUAUGGACAGGUGGACCCGGUAAUUAUACAAACCCCAAAGCACCUGCAGUUCUUUCUAAAGUAAGGGACCUUGUUAACAGGGGACAGUAUGCUGAAGCCACAGCUGUUGCUUAUGACCUAUCCGGUGAUCAGACACAGGUAUAUCAACCUCUUAGUGAUAUUGAUCUGGCCUUUGAUGAACAUGUGAAGUACACGAAUUAUAAAAGAAACCUUGAUCUUCGAACAGCAACUGUUAAUGUCACUUAUACUGUUGGGGAGGUAGUCCACUCAAGGGAACACUUCUCAUCAAAUCCACACCAAGUUAUUGCGACUAAAAUCUCUGCAGACAAACCAGGAGGUGUCUCCUUUACAGUAUCUUUGACUACUCCAUUAAACCAUCAGAUUCGUGUAACAAACACAAAUGAAAUUAUCAUGGAAGGUUAUUGCCCAGGAGAAAGGCCUACAGAAUAUGGCAAUGCCUCUGAUCAUCCAAUUGGAAUUAAGUUUUCUGCUAUUCUCUAUCUGCAGACGAGUGGUGCCAAUGGAACAGUGGAAAUAUUAAAUAAUAAGAUGCUGAAACUUGUUGGUGCUGACUCAGCUGUCUUGCUCCUUGCAGCUGCUACUUCAUUUGAAGGGCCAUUUGUCAAUCCUUCUGAUUCUAAACUUGAUCCAACUACAUCUGCUUUGACAGCAUUAAGUGUAGCAAGGAACAUGCCAUAUUCACAGUUAAAAGCUUAUCACGUGGAUGAUUACCAGAACCUUUUCCAGCGGGUUUCCUUGCAACUUUCACGAGAUUCUAAUGAUGCCCUUGGAAGGAAUAGUUUGGUUAAUCUACCUGAGAAUAACUCACAGGAAACCUUUGUAUCUGAUUGUGCUGUACAGAUGAUUGAGUGCUCAACAUUUCAGAGGUUUAAUAAUUCAGACAAGCCUACUGUAGACAGAAUUCUAAGCUUUAGAGAUGAUGAAGAUCCUUCUCUAGUGGAACUCCUGUUCCAGUUUGGUCGCUAUCUACUAAUUUCUUGCUCGAGGCCUGGAACCCAGAUUUCUAAUCUUCAAGGAAUAUGGAACGAUGACACUUCACCACCAUGGGAUGCAGCUCCCCAUCCAAAUAUAAAUCUACAAAUGAAUUACUGGCCCGCGCUUCCUUGUAACCUUAGCGAAUGCCAAGAGCCACUGUUUGACUUCAUAGGAUCUCUUUCAGUUAAUGGGACUAAGACUGCAAAAAUAAAUUAUGAAGCUAGCGGUUGGGUCAGUCAUCAAGUCACAGACUUGUGGGCUAAAACAUCGCCAGAUGCUGGUGACCCUGUGUGGGCCUUAUGGCCAAUGGGUGGGCCAUGGCUCGCCACUCACCUGUGGGAACAUUACAGUUAUACAAUGGACAAAAACUUUUUGGAGAAAACAGCAUACCCCCUUUUGGAAGGGUCUGCAUCAUUUCUGUUGGACUGGUUGAUUGAGGGAGAUGGAGAGUAUUUGGAGACCAACCCUUCGACUUCUCCAGAGCAUUAUUUCAUCGCUCCAGAUGGUAGGAAGGCCUGUGUGAGCUACUCAACAACUAUGGACAUGUCUAUUAUAAGAGAAAUUUUCUCAGCUGUACUUGUGUCUUCAGAUAUUUUAGGAAAAUCUGACACGGAUGUGGUUCAGAGGAUAAAAAAGGCAGUACCAAGGCUUCCACCAAUAAAAGUUGCAAGAGAUGGUACAAUCAUGGAGUGGGCACAAGAAUUUCAGGAUCCUGAAGUUCAUCACAGACAUGUAUCUCACCUUUUUGGUCUUUAUCCUGGACAUACUAUGUCACUUGAGAAAACACCUGACCUCUGCAAAGCCGUUGCAAACAGUCUCUAUAAAAGAGGUGAUGAUGGUCCCGGGUGGUCUACUUCCUGGAAGAUGGCCCUUUGGGCGCAUCUUCAUAACAGUGAGCAUGCAUACAAAAUGAUCCUGCAGCUGAUCACUUUGGUAGAUCCAAGACACGAGGUUGAAAAGGAAGGAGGCCUAUACAGCAAUCUGUUCACAGCACACCCACCUUUCCAAAUUGAUGCAAAUUUUGGAUUUCCUGCUGCAUUGUCAGAAAUGCUGGUACAAAGCACCGGGAGCGACUUGUACUUGCUCCCUGCCCUACCCCGAAACAAGUGGCCUCAAGGUUGUGUUAAAGGUCUGAAGGCCCGAGGCGGUGUGACCAUCAACAUCAGCUGGAAGGAAGGUAGCCUUCAUGAAGCUCUUCUUUGGUCUAACAGCAGCCAGAAUUCCGUUGAGAAGCUGCACUAUGGGGGUCAGGUUGCCCCGAUCAGUGUCUGGCCUGGUCAAGUUCACAUGUUCAGUAAGGAUCUGAAGUGCUUGAAGACUUGGGCUCUCUGAGGACGUACAAGUUCUGGUUUGUCAAUCCAAAACCGAAAUCUACUUGGGGGUAACUCACCAAAUCUUCUGCACAGCCAAUAAAUCAAUCUCGUUAGUUCUUUGCACAUACCGAACUUCUACUUGUCUGCAUUUGUUUCAGCUUUCCCUUUAGCACCUAUGCAAAUAAGUGCAUGUUAUGUGGAUUUCUUUGUGUUCUAGUUGAGUCCGUGUGCUUAUGUGAACUUCGGUUUUGAAAUAAUCUACAUAUGCACACAAGAAUUGUUCUUCUUUCUGAUGUGUUAAUAGCAAGAAUAGCAUGUAUGAAUCAUAUUCAAAUCAGAGACACAUGCUUCACCAUCAUCAGGUUGGAAGCACUUACUCCA